GCUAUAUCAAAUUGUAUGGGUCUGUGUAAUUUACACAUUUAAGUGUAGUGUGCAGUUCUACAUGUCGAAAACGCGUAUUUUAAUUUAUUAAAACACUCAAUUUCAAUACUUAACCUGUUAAUUAAUUAAUUAUUUUUUUGCACACAAAGAAGCUGAAUUCGGCAGCAAAUGUCAGGCGUGGAUCAGAAAUUAUCAGGAACUGCAGUGAAAUCUGUUGGAGAGCGCACUAUACCAUGGAGCCAACAAGUUGAUGAGGCAUCGUAUGAAAACUUAUCUUCUCCAGCCAAUGAUGAUAACUCUGGUAAUCAAAGCUCAAUGCAAUUCCAAUUUCCGCCAUUCAAUGUGAAAGAAAAUAAUAUUACAUCAUUAAGCCACACAGGGAAAGGACGUAAAACAUCUCACAAUAAUGACACAAAGCUGAAAUAUGGAAAUUCAAGCAGUUUUAAUAACUCAAAGAGAGAAAAUCAACAAAUAAAUGCAUGGAAUUCAAGACGUUUUUUUGCAGAAAAGAUUAAUGAAAAUGGCGAUGAUCAAUCAAUCAGUCAGUUCGACACACGUACAAGGGAAUCUGUCCAUGAAGUUAAGGCACACGCCGCCAUCACUGUCCCGAAGAAGAUGACAUGGGCUUCAAUUGCUUCGCAGCCAGCUAAACUAACUUCAAAAACAACAUUUGCCAGUUCCAGCAAUAAAAAAAAAGGUCCGGGUAUGCCACCGCCACCAAUGGUACCGGGCAAGCAUAAUUUAGAUGUUAAUGUGUGGGACUUGCCCGACAGUAAUCCUCCACCUCCUUUACCAUCCCCGCCGAUACCCAUUGAAUUGACCAGUUCGGAUAUUCAUUUUUCUACAUCGACUAAAGAAGAAUCCACACAAUCUGUUGGCGGACGAUCUGAAAAAGAUGACCGUUUUGAGGUUGAACCUAGCAACCUCAAUGUGUGUAGCACAAAACCGUUAACAAUAGGACAAUCUCGCAAAAAUUGGGCAUCCCUUCAGCAGCAGCAAGCUACCGAUGCACGUCAGACUAGUGGUGCAUCAGCGCAGCCAAUUCGACGUAUUGUAGCUACAAGUACUCAUAAUCGAUAUUCAGAUCGUAGGGGAAACUUCACUGGUCAUCAUCGACAUGAUUUUGAGAAAAAACAUUAAGCAUGAAUAUAAUGAUGAAAGUAAUCCAAGAGCUGCGGCGCCGAAUACGUCUAUAAUAGAAGAAGUGGUUGCUGAUCCGCAAAUAUUAUUGGAUGAAUUAAAGGACAAAAACAAUUAUAAUCCAACUGAAAUUG